GCCCUAAAACCCUAUCUUACGGCCGUAAGGCAUACACUACAUGCUGCACUCUGUGUGCAAAAUUUUCCUUCGCAAGUAGUUGAACGACAUAAUAAACCGGAGAUCGAAGUGAAAACCUCCAAGGAACUGCUCCUACAGCCGGUUGUCAUCAGCCGAAAUGAGAAAGAACGCGUGCUGAUUGAGGGUUCUAUCAACUCUGUUCGUGUGAGUAUUUCCAUCAAACAGUCGGAUGAAAUCGAACGGCUUUUAUGUCGCAAGUUCACUCGUUUUAUGAUGAUGCGCGCCGAAGAUUUCGUCAUCCUUCGACGCAAGCCUGUUCCGGGUUAUGAUAUCAGCUUCCUAAUAACCAAUUUUCAUACGGAACAAAUGUCGAAAACCAAAGUGGUCGAUUUCGUCAUUACCUUUAUGGAUGAAAUCGAUAAGGAGAUCUCGGAAAUGCGCUUAGCUGUGAAUUCUCGGGCUCGUCAGUGUGCAGAGGAGUUUCUCAAGGCUUUUGACUGAUUCUUUUUCCCGUACACUGAACUUAAGUUCACAAAUCUCUGACUGGCGUCGUGUCCUGUUCCACAAAACUUUACGGAACGUGCUUUUCACUUAAUAACUACUUUUUGAAACACAGUCUUUUCUUUCUGUAUGUGGGUCAUGCGGAUAGGUCGUUUUACCUUUUACUGAGCUCCUACGAGCCUGAUAGCAGGCAUUUGUCAGAUAAUCUUUACUUGUAUUUCGAAUCAUUUCGUGUAAACUCCGGUAUCGAGACUCCAUCACACUGCUAAAUGUCGGACACAAUGUUGCUUUGAACGUCUUUUCGGGCGCUUUCGGAGUUUGCGCUGAUUGUUUGACGGUUGAGUUGCAAGUUGGUUUUUCUGGUUUGGCACAUCAGAUCCUCAUCCUGAUUUUCUUGAGACAGAUGACGAGAGAAGCGUCGAAAAAACAAUGGCCGAAUUGGAGGUGAAAUCAGCUCCUUUCGUGCCCCAUAUUCUUUUUUUUCUGUUCGCUUGUGACAUAAAAUAAUAGAACAGAUUGCCGGUAUUCCAUGCUAUAUGGUCUCCA